UAGCAGUAAGUAGCGGAUGAAGCCUGUUUCGUAAUUCACGCAAUUGUCUCUAUCCCUACAACGAUGGUUGAAAAAAUUCAAUUUAUUCGCUUUCGUUAUAUUUUGUUAUGACAUAUUUGCCUUUGUUAAGUCAUAGGCACACACGCAUGCUUACUUUCGACGCAACAAACAGCAGAACAAGCUAUAACCGUUUUGCUCGAAAAUCCAAGACCAAGAAUUAUGUCUGAAAUGGUUUAUGAUGCAAGCUCAGCAAAAUGUAAGGACGAUGUCGAUUUGCGCGACAGAAAACGUUUUCAAGAUUUAGAUCAAGUCGUUCAAGAUAUACUUCAAUGGGAAAAGACGAUUUUGAAUCUGCAACAUGAAAACAGCGAUCUAUGCGAGAAAGUAAGCGGGCUAGAAACGACGGUUUCUCGUUUACAGUCUUUCUGCGAGAGCGGAAAUGAAACGAACGCACGCAUGCACGAAACGGUGAAUUCGUUGCAGAAAUUAUUGGAGACAAAGUUAGACCAGGAGGAGGAAAUCCGUUUCAUGAGAUCGAAGGUAGUCACAUUGGAACAUACCUUUAAUGAAAAAGAACAUGAACUGUUAAAAGAAGUUGAAAUUGGAAAAAAUAAAGUAGCAGAACUGAUUCAAAGACAUGCACAGCAAGUCCAAGAAAUUAAACAGGAGAAUGCAGUUAAAACUGAAUUAAAAGAAAAGGAAUCAAGUGUCAAGUUUGAGAAUUUAUCAAAUCAGUUAAAAGAUCAGAAAAAGAAAUUUGACGAAACUGAAAAAUCAAAUGAAGCAAAAAUGGUCAAAACACAGAUGGAGUAUGAGAACAAGUUAGCCUUGCUACAAGCCCAGAUUAGCAGGAUGCAUACCAACACAUCAAACCAUUCUCACAACACCAACAAUGAUAUUUACCGGAGAAAAUUGCAGCACAUACAAGAAGAAUCAAAAAUAGAAAUACAAAAACUUAAAAGAGAAAUACAGACACUGAAAGACGAACAAGAAUUUAGAAACCAGUUUGCGCCCAGAACUAAUUACCAACAAACUACAGCAUCAGUGCCUCCUGUUUCAAGGCCAGGGAUACUGAAAAGGAAAAGAUACUGAACCGGUCAUUGGUUGAUAUACAACUUGGCAGUGUGGAUAUUUUCUAUUUUGAAGCGUUCUAGUGUUUAGUUAUCAUUCUGUUGUUCCAUCAAGAAAAGCGAACUCAUCCAUAACC